AUGAGCUCCAGUUACAGUUACCAAUCCUCCAGCUCUUCCUCCGGAGAUUACUUUUCUGGAUCCUCUGCCGCUGCAUCUUCCAUGCCAUCGUCUUACAAUAGUAAAUAUGCAGAUCAGAAUAGCGGAUAUGGCAAUUCAUAUGGAUCUUCAAACAGUAAAAAAGACGACUUUGCUGGGGGGCUUCCAACGCAAUCGUGGGAAAAUAUGCAACUAGUGCCUUUUGAGAAAAACUUUUACCGUGAAGCCCCAAGCGUUUCGGCCUUGACGGCAUCCGAAGUUUUUGAGAUAAGAAAGUCGAUGGGAAUCACCGUUUCUGGCGAAAAUAUCCCAAAGCCGGUGGUAUCCUUUUCUGAAGCCUGCAUGCCUCCUUCGGUUCUUCGAGAAAUAGAAAGUCUAGGGUUUACCAAGCCGACUCCGAUCCAAGCUCAAGGAUGGCCGAUGGCCAUGUCCGGGCGCGAUAUGAUCGGCAUUGCCGAAACGGGAUCUGGAAAAACUCUUGCAUAUCUCCUACCUGCAAUCGUUCAUAUUACUGCACAGCCUAGCAUAAGACCUGGAGAUGGGCCCAUUUGCCUUGUGCUUGCCCCUACACGCGAACUUGCCGUUCAGAUUCAAGAAGAAUGCAGAAAGUUUGGACGUUCCGCCAGAAUUCGAUCUCUUUCUGUGUAUGGCGGGGUUCCAAAGGGCCCCCAAGCAAGAGAGCUGUCUCGUGGAGUGGAAAUACUUAUUGCAACUCCGGGCCGUCUUAUCGAUAUGCUCCGUGACAGUCGAACGAAUUUGAAGCGGAUCACGUAUCUGGUCCUGGACGAGGCAGAUCGUAUGUUGGAUAUGGGAUUUGAGCCCCAAAUCAGAGCCAUCGUGGACCAAAUCAGACCAGACCGGCAAACGCUCAUGUGGAGUGCCACUUGGCCAAAGGAGGUUCAGCGCUUAGCGGCCGACUAUUCCCGCAGCCCGAUUCAAGUGAACAUUGGGUCUCUUUAUAUCUCUGCAAAUCACAGAGUGCGUCAGAUUGUGCGAGUCUGUUCUGAAGACGACAAAAGAACAUUUAUUCUGCGAAACCUUGAAAACAUUUCUCGCGAGACCCAAAACAAAACCAUCGUUUUCACGGCAACAAAGCGAACCGCAAAUGAUUUGGCUCUUUUUCUCAAGCGUGAAGGAUACUCUGCCCUCGCAAUUCAUGGUGACAAAACCCAAGCUGAUCGCGACUAUACGCUUGCUCAGUUUAAAACGGGAAGGUGCUCGGUGAUGGUUGCAACGGACGUUGCUGCUCGCGGCCUUGAUGUGAAAGACAUUCGAUUUGUGAUAAACUACGAUUUCCCCUCGUCUGUGGAGGACUAUGUCCACCGAAUCGGAAGAACGGGAAGAGCCAAUACAUACGGCACUGCCAUCUCGUACUUCACGCAGGAUAAUUCCAGAUGUGCAAAGGAUCUUAUUGCUGUGCUGAAAGAGGCCAGCCAGGAAGUGGACCCCGACAUCGAAAACAUGGUCCGCAACAGAGGCGGGGGCCGUUCUAAUGCCUUCAACUCGCGCUAUGGAUCCGGGGGUGGCGGUGGCGGCUCUAGAUACAACACCAAUUCCUAUUCUAGAGGCGGCCGUCGCUGGUAA